AUGGGGUGCCCGGAGAGGCCGCCCGGGGCCUGCGGGGGUCCCAGCCGCCAGCGGGAGGCCGCCGGGCAUGUGGAUGAGGGCAAGGACACCACUCCCAUCGCCCCCCCCACCUCCGUCAUCUGCCGGGGGGGCCCCAGCGCUCCGGGGUCCGCGGGCGCCAAACCCCGGAGCCCGACGCCCAGGACCGAGAUGGGGAGAAGGACUCGGACACCAGAUCGGAUGCGGAAGCCGGGACUCCAAGGGGAGGGGUCUGCAGGGGACACACGGACGCCCCCGGCCGUGUUGGGGCAGCCCCAGCAAACUGCAGGUGGUUGCGCCGUCCUGACAGAUGAGCAGCCCCCGGGGGAAAGACCCCCUCUGGACACCGGGGGGCACUUGGCUCCAGAGCAAAGGGCCAUGCAGACUGUGGCGGGUGCGGACCCAGAGCAAAAGGGACCUGGCAGCCGCGCGGCACGAGGAGCCCCGCCCACAGCGGGCGAGCUGCAGGAGGCGGGCGCACUGCGGGGCUCCCGGCCUGGAUGCACGGGCCAGGGGCUCGACCUUCUUCUGCUCCUCCCUCUCGACCCGGCGUCUCGCUCCGGCUCCGCUCAGGCCCCGGCUGGGUCCAGCAGCAGCCCGGCCCCUGCCCGGAGGCAGAUGGCAGCAAAGGGAGCAGCUGGGGCCGCGGGCCGCUGGGCACGGCCCCUCCUGGUGGAGAAGCCGGGUGCCCAGGCGGAGCUGUCCUGGGCACAGGCCCCGCCGCCCACGGCUGGCCGCACGGCGGUCACCAUCCAAGGUCCCGAGGCCUCGGAGACCAGGGCAGACCCUGAGGACGCCGGUGGCAGGCAGGAGGCUCAGGUCUUGUGGCCCCACUUCGCCCCCGACACGCGGCCCGGGAGGGGGCUCCCGGCGCGGCAGAGAGAACCGUCCGAGCCGCAGUGUCUCCCGGUGCCGUGGCUGCCACGGCGGGAGGCUCUCCGUGAGCAAAGGCGGCGGCGGAACCUGGACCCCAGGUCUGGCUCGUCUUUCGGCCCCGACUCUUCCUGUUUCUCCGCCGUCUUCCCCACGUGUGGUCUGAGCCCCGAGGAAGGACCCGAGCAGGAGGGGCCGGCGGAGCCCGGGCGCCGCGUCCAGCUGCCCGAGGUCCCCGCGGAAGGCGGCUCCACCUGCCGUGCCCCGUGUACCCUGAACGUCCCGCUGCGUUCCGCGGGGAGCCCUGACUUCUCCACUGAGUCCCCCAAAAUCCACACGGAGCCAAGCAGGGUGGUGCUGGUGGCCGGGGACGGGGACGGGGGAUGCGCGACCUGGCCGGUGCUCCAUCCCGGGAUCAGUUUCUGCCGCUCUGAGGGCAGAAGGGACCGCGGGGCGCGAGCCUGGAGCGCCCUCAGCCUCCUCGGGCACCGGGCGAACCUCCCCAAGACUGGCCCGGGCCCCUCAGGACCUGCCGGCAGAUCCGGGACCGAUGGCCCCGGCCUCGACGACCCCCGCGCGGGCCACUCACCGGCGCCUGUGAAAUCGGAUCCCGGGGUCUGCGCCGCCGCCGCCGCGCACAGUCGCGCAUCCCGGGCAGCGCCGGCCCUGGUCCUCGCCGCGCUGAGAAAGUUCCUGGCCGCUCCGAGCAGGCGCUCCUCGCGCGCGCACUCGGGCCGCCGGCCCCGGCCCACAAUGCGGAGGGAGGCGCGUCCUGAACAAAGUGCGUCCCCUGGGCCGGGGCCGGGGCGGAGCCUGGUGACCCGCUGCCCCCGGCGCGCGCCGCUGCCGCUCCGCCGCGGGACCGCCCCGCCGGCCUCCCGCGCGGUGCCAGCUGGACCCGCCGAGGGGCGGAAGCCCGGGCCCCUCCAGACUUGGUCACUGGGAAGCCAUCCCCUGGCCCUUUCCGCUUGCGCCUUCCCGCCCCGCCUCCCGGCCUCGGAAAGGCGGCUGCUCGGUGACGGGCUGGGGCCCGGGCCCGCGGGGCGGAAGCCUGCGCACAAUGGAGCCUUCCUGCGCCCGGACCCGCGGCGCUGCGGCCGCGCCACGGCAGCUCCCGGGACGCGGGGACAGACGGGCCGCGGGCCUGGCCCCGCCCCCUCCCCCCACCCCCGCCCCGAGUCCCACUCUGGGCCCGCGCCUGGGCCGGAGCAGAGCGCGGACCCCCGAAGGGCCGGCACUAGAGACGGUUCACGGCGGGACCGAAGCCACUGUGGCAAAGGGGUCUCGAAACAGCCGCCGGCAGCCUGGUGUCGCCUGGCAGCCUCCCGGCCUGGGCCGGCGGGCGCGGCCGCAGGGACGGCGCCGGCCCCCCGCGUGGCCGUGCUGGAGCAGGUGCUGAGCCCCGGCGCUGCGUGCCCACCGCUGCUCCUGGCCCUCCCAGCCCUUCCCCACCGACGCCCCCCCCCCGCGACGGCAGCCCCAGGGAGGGGGCGCCUCUUCAGCCUCCGGCUUAUGGGCGAAGGACCGGGGUCAGGGGCCUGGGGCGCCCAGCCAGCACCCCGGUCCCGGCGUUCAGUCGCCACGCGGGGCGCAGGCGACCUGGGGUGCAGGGAGAGGGGCUCCGGUGGCCGCGUGGGCCGCGGGGAAGGGCUCUGUCGCCCCCUGGCCUUCCCACGCGCCCGCCCCGCCGCCCCGCGUGUGGAGACCGACGGCCGCUGCGGCAGCUUCUCCCGGCGGCGCUGUGUGCCCAGCGGCAGCUGCGCCUCGGGCCGCACCUGUUGUCUGCAUCAGCUGCUGUCGCCCCCACCCCCUGCACCGGGAAAGCAGGCCAGACCGAGAGCUGCCACGCGGGCACAUCUCCUCGCUCCUGACGCACCGCAGCUGCCUGGCACUGGCCGCUCACUCCCCGGCCACUGCCCACGGCUGCGCUCCGCCACGGGCUCCCUGGCCUCUGGCUGUGGGGACGCGAAAGGAGGCGUCUCCGUCUCCGGAGCUACCACCAGGGACAGCAGCCCCCCGGAGCGACCUCCCGGCCUCCGGCAGCUGUACUCUCCGAGGACAGCAGUGGGGGGUCCACGCCACGAGCUCCUCCAGGACCCGCGAGGCACAGGCCCCAAGUGUGCAGAGCCCACAGGUGGGCGGGGCCGGGACACGCCUAGCCCGAGCGCAACAAAACGGCGCGCGCGGGCGCAUCUUGCAGCCGUUCCCGAGCGCUUCCCGCCCAGCCACCGGAGCCCACUGCAGGUCCCACAGCAGAACAAUGGGCCGUUUCGCGCGCCCCUGACGCUCAUGGCACGGCAAGGGGAUGAGGGCAUUCGUACCACCCCCACCCUCACCCUCCCUGGCGGCGCGGGGACAUCUGGCCGCAGGGCCCCGCCUGGGUUCUCUGCCUUCAUUCAUCACAAGCGCCUGCCUCCGGAGCCCGAGGUCCGGCCAGAGCCGCAGCCUGGGAGCUCCGUGCUGACAGACACGCGGCUGGCCAGCAGCAACUGUUUGGCCAUGAGCGACAGGUGUGGUGGCUCUGGGCUCGCCACUGAGCUGCCCCGCGGGGCAGACAUGCAGAACCCCCGAGCUCGGCCACCAGGGCCACCAGGGCCACCGGCCAGCUUGUCUCGCGCGGGGCCGUGA